CCAUUCUCAUUCUCUCUCUCUCCCUCUCUCUCGGAGGAAAAAAAAAAAAAAGAAGAAGCUUGACAAAUAUGGCUGGACUGCCAGCCACACAGUUGAAUAGGAAACGAAACUCUGAAGCACAUAAGUCGGGGUACUGGACCUGGCAAGUCCUGGCAAAUAGACUGAAUGGAUUCCCUACCUUCAUAUGAAGAAUACUGCUGGGCAUAGACUACAGUAGACAUCCUUUCAGGAUAUGGCACUACCAUUUUCCACAAGGCAUAUGUGGACAAUACCAUUCAAAGAUUCUUAGAUGACCUAUGUUCCAUAUUUAGCUUCCCCAAACACUCCCAAUAAGAUAAUAGUGGUACUUUUAUAGAUAAAAGUACAACAGUGGACAACUACCUGGGACAUUAGCUGGACCUUUCAUGACCUUUAUCAUCCCCAAGAAGCAGGUGCUGUUAAAAGAGAGAGUGAACUCUGAAAAACUGAAAAAGAUAGUUGGACAAUCAAGCCUAAGCUUUUAGUGGUGUACAAAUUAAGGUAGUCUGUUAGGGUUCCAAAUGUGAUAAUUACCUAAAAGAGUACCUCCCAUUCAAACAUAAUGUCUAAUUAUAAGGUUCAAGAGUGGAAGAAAGCCCUAACUGGCUGCAGGAAACCCAAACCACAUAAUAACCCAUAUAACUAUUUUUUCCCUCCUAUGCCUAUCCCUGGAAAACUGGACUACUAGAAUUUGAAAGUAGGAAAAAAGAGCUGGGGACUUGGAGACUGGAAUUUAGUGUAUCCCCUCACCCCACCCAUGCUUGCUGGAUUUGGACAAUUAUAGAUAGUGAUCAUAAUGAUCAUGAAUUAUAAGGUGAAAACUACCAAGGUGUUUUGGCAUGGCCCACAUGUCAGGGGGUGGGAGAUAUUCUAGAAUGUUCUAAAUUAUAAAAGAAAGGAACUUCUGAGCUAACUAGGGAUGAGUCUAAGCAUAUGGUGUGGGUUAGAUAUGGAGAGAAUUGGGGGAAAGGUGCAGUGAUUGUUGCAGAGACUAGUCGUAAUGGUCAUAUGGCUGUGUAAGGAGAGAGACAACCCUGGUUGGUAAGAAUUAGACCCUGGGAAAUCAGGGGCAGAGGGAGGGACCAUGAAUCUCUUAGCUUUUGUCUGUAGGAUAUCUUACCAACUUAACCCAAGCUUCCACCAUCACCACCCUCAAUUUGACUACUGACCAACAAACAAUCCUAAUUUAAAGACUCUCAGAAUCUCCCAACAGCCACUGACUCCAGAAAGAAAUACUCUCAGCAAGAAACAACAGAAUAAGAUGAACUUUCUGGACAUUGAAAUGCCUCCCUUUAGCCUUAUCCUGUUAUUGUUGGACUUUUUGUACAUUUUUCACAGACUACUGAUUGUUCUAAAUUCUCUAGCAUGAGUGGUAAUGGAGAUUGUACUACCUGGAUUGUUUGCUGGCCAAUUUAGGUGGGGUAUGUGCCACUUGCCUCACUUAGAAUAAUGACACAUUUAGCUGGCUUGGCUCUGCAUGAGGAGCCUGACUAUGGUCCAUUCUCUAGUGGGCCUGGUUCUACUACUGUGUAUCACUAUCACGGUCACUUUCGUCUAAUGUUGCCUAAGACAAAUGGAAUGUAUUUGAUCCAGGCCUUUAGCAUUACAACUAAUUAGAGCAUCUGAUGACUUACACGGUGGCUCAUGUUCCUGAGAAUCUUUAUGUGUAAAAGUUGAGAGGUCUAGUUGUAGGGGAAUGGCUCCACCGUCGUGCCCUGGCAAGUUUUCACAUAUCUAUAUAGUCCAUGCAGACAAAGCCUUGAACUACAGCUACUCUGAGCCAUGGCAGAUCGCCUUGUGAUCCUUCUAGAACAUGAGAGGAUGAGAGGAGCUUUAUUGGCCUUCAAGCCCAUCUCCCACUCCCUUCCCUAUCUCUUAUGGGAGGCUGUCAUGAGACAAUUUCUCAUUGCUUCUAAGAUUCUGAAGAGGCAUGAGGCUUUCUGGAUGUAACUGCAUACUGUAACUGCUUAGCUAUAGUCUAAAAUUGGCUCCUCACCACAGGUGUUGCAGUCAUCGAGCCCCCUUUUGUUUUGGUGUCAUUGUGUUUGGUGUAUGGGACAAGGAGCUGGAGACCGGCCUGGUUGGGUACUCUUUCUUCCUUUUGCUGUUUGUGUAAGUAAUACAUUGUAUGAAUCUAAAAGUGGCUUAUUGUAUCUACUGGCUGAGUCACUUAGGACAUGGCCUUGACCUUGCCUGCUGCUGUGUGUUUAACAGGAAGAACAAUAGAAACAGUAAAAAUAUAUGGGUAAAUAUGAUAGACUAUCCCUCUCCUCUUUAGUUUUGAAUCAAAACACUGGUCAGAGCCAUAAGAGACCUUCCUUAUGGUCUUCCUUAAGACCAUGACUUAAUAAUCAGGUAUCUGAGGGCUCCUUGUUCUGAGCCAAAACUCCCAUAAUUGUUUCGCACUCAGUGCAGUUUUCUCCAUUUUUUCCAAAGAAAAUCAUGGGAGCAUUUGUUGUGUGGUCAUCUUUCCUAAUGAUCUGUCCUAGGGUAAGGCUCACUGCUUCCUUCUCAGUGCUCGUGGACUAUUCACUAGUGUCCAUUUGUGAGCUUCUUCUGGAUCCUCUUAGAAACAAAUAAACAUACCUUGGAGCUCAUCUGAGGUCUCCUUUGUUCUGUGAUUUUUCACAAGUAUGGUAUCUGUAAGCUUUCAGUACCUGGGGACCUAAAAGGAAUAUGAGCCUCUAGGCUGGAAUUUCUGUGAAGCAGACAUCUUCCUAAUUUGUUCAUCCCAAGAGACUACAUGUACAAAUGGAAAAUGGACAGACCAUAUAGAAAAAUAUAACUCUGACCCGCAGUCUGUAACAACCAGUCCAGGAAGCCAACCCAUUAUCUGUAGUUACCAGUCUGGGAAGUCAAACUAGUAUCUGUGGCAAAUAGUUCGGGAAGCCAAAAUAAACCCUGUAGCAGUCAGCCCCACGGCCAGAAUUUGAUUAAUAUCCUCUCCCAACCAAUCACAUAAGAUGCUUUGCUUCUGGUUAGCCCCCCAGGCCAGCAAUCUCCAAUCAGAGCAUACCUGAAGUCUCUUCCCUGCCCCCCCCCCCCCCCCCCCCCGCCCCAACUAUAAAGCUUUCUCACUUCUCUGCCUGACUUAAAGCCUACCAAAUGCAAGUGAUGGAGGUUGACUCCCUUGCUUAGAGCAAGCUCUGAAUAAACAGCCUUUGCCUGUUCUCAUGUUGGUGGUCUUUUAUUUCCACAAUUUCAUUUAAAGGUUUAACUUUCCCGACAUGCUAUGUGAUGUUAGAUAAGCCAUCUCCUCUCUUUGGGCCUUACUUUCUUCAACUGAAAAAUUGUUUCAACAUUUAUUCAUUCCUUUAUUCGACAGAUAUUCCUUGGCACUUAAGCUGGGCCAUAAGAGUUGCUAGACAUUGGGUGAAUAUUCGAGGCACAAAGUUGAUCAAGGACGUUAGUUGCUCUCUGGGAAUGUAGAACCCAGUAAAGGGAUGCGGCUAUGUGAAGUAUUUGCUGCUUCAUAUUAGCAUCCGUCCUACAAGGGUGCAGUGCAAUACCGAAGAAGAGUGGUCAGUGGGAAGAAGAGGGCUGGGAAAGGAUUCCCAGAGAAAGCCUCCCCCCCACGCCCGCUUCCCCGCAUUGCCACAGCAGCGCCCUGAGGCAGUCGGUGUCUGUGGGAGAGCUGGACUCGCUCUGCCCUCCCUGUUUCUUUGCGGGGCCAGAAGGGAGGACCACAGAGACGUGGCGCCCUCCACCGUCCUAGAGAAGCCAGAGUGGCAAGAGUGCAGCAGCCUCCACCUCUCCCGUGCGGAGCGUGGGACUGGCCGGGGCGUGGAGCCUGGGGCUUGCGCGCCCGACUCCUGGGCCGCUAUAUCAGGCCCGCCCCGGUCCAGAGCGUCCCUUCCCGACCCCGGGCAGCCCCCAGUAAGGCCUGGCGCGCGCUCGCUUCCCGGGAGGGCGGCCCUGGCCAUGGCGGCCGCGGCCCUGGCGGGCGGCGCCCCCUUCGGCCCUGCACUCGAGCUGCUACCGGGACUGCGCGCGCCGGCCCGGGCGCGCCCGGAGUCAGUGACCUUCGAGGAUGUGGCCGUCUACUUCUCUGAGAACGAAUGGAUCGGCCUGGCCCCUGCUCAGAGGGUCCUGUACAGGGACGUGAUGCUGGAGAAUUAUGGGGUUGUGGCUUCCCUGGCAUUUCCAUUUCCCAAACCGGCUCUGAUUUCCCAGCUGGAGCGAGGGGAAGCGCCCUGGUGCAAGGCUCCUCAGGGAGCUCUGGAUGGAGAGUGCCCGAGGGGCGUCUCCACAGGAUAUCCAUUUCUGAAGCCUGCUGCGAUCUCCCAUCUUGAACAGGUGGAAGAGCCGUUGAACCUGAAACUGCAAGGAGAGGGUCCAAGCCUAAUCUGUACUGAGGGUGUGUUGAAGAGUGAGAAAGAAGAUUUUAUUCUGAAGGAGGAAGGUUUUGAGGAGGCAAAAGACCACAUGGUGCUGUCAAGUGGACCCCGGUGGUGUGGUUCCCAGGAAUUCUGGUUUGGGAAAACCUGUGAGGAGGGAAAAAGAAGGUUAGGGAGGUGGCGCAACUACUCCAAUGGGAAAAGUGUGGAGAACACUGCAAAUGAUGUUAUAGAAGUGAUUGUCAAAGAUGAGAUGAUCUCAGGAGAAGAUGGUUCAGAGAAUACUGAUGUUAAUACUCACCUUGUUGUACAUGACAAGAUUCUCAGUGAGCAGGUAUUCUGUAUAUGUGAAGAAUGUGGCAAGUGUUUUGAUCAAACUGAAGACUUUGACCAACAUCAGAGAGUUCAUAAUGGAGAGAAGAUCUAUGGUUGUAAGGAAUGUGGGAAGACUUUCAGUUUUAGAUCACAUUGCCUUGCACAUCAGAGAAUUCACACUGGGGUGAAACCCUAUGUGUGUCAAGAAUGUGCUAAAGCCUUUGUUUGGAAGUCAAACCUGAUUCGGCACCAGAGAAUACAUACUGGAGAGAAGCCCUUUGAAUGUAAGGAAUGUGGGAAGGGCUUUAGUCAGAACACAAGCCUUACACAACAUCAGCGAAUCCAUACUGGAGAAAAACCAUAUACAUGUAAGGAAUGUGGGAAAAGCUUUACUCGGAACCCAGCCCUGCUUCGACAUCAGAGAAUCCACACUGGGGAGAAGCCUUAUGAAUGUAAGGACUGUGGAAAAGGUUUCAUGUGGAACUCAGAUCUUGCUCAGCACCAGAGGGUCCACACGGGGGAGAAGCCCCAUGAAUGUACUGACUGUGGGAAAAGCUUCAUUUGCAAGGCACACCUUAUCCGACAUCAGAGAAUCCAUACUGGGGAAAGGCCCUAUAAAUGUAAUGAUUGUGGGAAGGCCUUCAGUCAGAAUUCUGUUUUGAUUAAGCACCAGAGGCGCCAUGCUAGAGAGAAACCCUGUAAUUAUCACACCUCCCACCUUCUUGAACAUUAGAGAAGGCAUAAGGGUGAUGCUUGUUUAUAAUUCUUAUGCUACAGGAGCCCCAGAGACAAAACGAGAUGACUGUCCACGGUUUGUUAUAACUCUAAUAGUCAGUAUUAUCUUGCCCCUUCUGAACAGAUACCCUGUACUCUAGCAAGAUGGUCCCACUGUUCAACCAUGUUCAUGCUAGGCAACUUUUAGUUGAGCAUCUGCUCUGUCAGGCACUUGCUAACCACUUUACAUACAUUCUUUUGUUUUCCUUAAUCCUGUUAAGGUAGGUACUUAUCCUCAUUUUACUAAUGGGAAGUCUGAGGUUGAAAGAAGUUGUAAAACUCAUUCAAGGUUACUCAGCUAAUAUGUUACAGAAUAGAGAUUGGAGUCAGGCCUAUCUGACUCCAGAAUUUUCUGUUCUUUAUUUGUACACAUUUCUGCUUCUGUUCAUUUCUAUUUGCUCAAGUUUCCCUGGGCUACAAAUUUCCCUUCCUCAUCUAAGACCCAGCUCCUUUAACUGAACAGACCCCUGUUCCUCUUCUACUUGUAGUCAGUACUGUUCAAAUUGGUAUUUAACUAUGUGCUGUCUUAUAUUUUUCUUUUUUUUAAAAUUUUUUUUUAACGUUUAUUUAUUUUUGAGACAGAGAGAGACAGAGCAUGAACAGGGGAAGGUCAGAGCGAGGGAGACACAGAAUCUGAAACAGGCUCC